AUGCGUCUGGCCGUGCGUGACGUGACGGCGCUGCUGCAGGUGCGCGUGCGCGUGGACGGCUCACAGUUCGACAGCUCGCUCAUGACGCAGCCCGAGUUCCUGCUGACCACGCGCGUGGUGUUCCGCAGCGUGCGGCACGGCGGCACGCAGCUGCAGGCGUCGUGGCGCGUGUUCCGCUCCUUCCACGAGUUCCAGGGCCUGGACGCGCAGCUGCGCCACGCCUUCCCGCAGGACAUGAAGCUGCUGGCGCCGCCGCCGCCGCACAGGAGGCGCACGUGGCUGCGGCGCCACCGCAGCGCCAAGUUCCUGGCCAAGCGCUGCGCCGAGCUUAACGAGUACCUGGAGCGGCUGCUGGGCUGCUCCAGCCUGAGGCUCACGCGGUUCCUGGACCCGCGCGCGCCGCUGGUGCUGCGCUGCUUCAGCAACUUUGACGUGGGACUCACGAGUGCAGAGAUCACGGCGCUGCCCAACCAGUUGGAGGGCUGCGUGCUGUGUCUGGACUACAGGGACGACGACGCCAAGGCCAGGAUGAACGGCACGGUGGGGACGGUGGACAGCAGCGACGAGGACGUGCGGCUCGACGAGCUGCAGGCCAACCUCAUGGACGACAAGGCGCGCAACUUGGCCAUGUGCACCAAGUACGAGUGCGCCUGUCGCGUCUCGCCCUUCCGCGUGACGCACAGCAAGAUGAUGAGGAUGUUGCGGCUGCGCGGCUUCAAGCAGGCGUACGCGCCCCCGGAGGGUGCGCUCACGGCGCUGUAUUGCGUGCUCUACAAGCUGCAACAGUACAACGAUCUGGACAAGCGGCUGUACGACGCGCUUACGGGAUUCCCGCCGGCGAACGGGGCGUCCAAGGCGCGGAAGGAAGACGGAGCGUUGUUCAGGGAGGCGUCGGAUGCGCUGGCCAACGACCACUUGCAGUUGUCUGUGGGCGUGGAGCUGCUGCGCCAGACGCUGGCCAACUACGGAUUGUUGCACGUCCACUCGCUGGAGCGGCACUUCCGCACGUCUGCGGUGGAUCUCAAGAAGCGGUUGCACGAGUUCAAGUCGCGACGACAGCUGCGCGUGGGCGCGGUGGAGCUGGUGCUGCUGGCGACCAUGUUGGAUCUAUCUAUUCUGCUGAUCACGAACGACCACGAAGGCUCGGAGCAGCAGAUUCGGCCGCUUGCUGGCCUGCGGUCCAUUCGCAAGGGCGGCCGCAUCAGCUUGGCGUGCGGGUAUAUUCUGCCCACGCUCGUCUGCGUCAACGGGUUCUACCUGCUGGCCGAGCGCGAGCGUGUCGUACCAGGAACUACGCUGGACACCGACAGCGAGGAAGAGCAGUUACUGACAACGCAGCAGCGACGACGGAAGUGGCAGGGCGUGGACGAGAUGGACCGGCGCUUCAUGAUGGAGAUCGAGCGCACGCUCGCGGACGGCACGGACGCGUUCGCGCUGGCGUUUGACUUCGACCUGGCAGACUCGCUCAACUCGGCCAUCCUGGACGCCGUCUGGGACGACUGCCAGCACAACCCCAACCUUUUCUACCUCUUCCAGCGACAAGCUCGGCAGUUCGGCAAGGGCCGCACGACCGCAAGGUUCUUCAUGCAGUACAUGGAGGUGGCGUUCGGACUCGAAGGGGCCAGCUACUUGGUGGACUUCUUGCUGCACGUACUUCCCGAGGAAGACCUUCGCAAGCAAUUGCUUCACGCGCGUUGGAUGCGACUGCACGGCCAAAUUGCCAAGCGCGUAUCACCGUGA